AUGGACAUCAUCUCUUUGGAAACAUCUGUAUCCUAUGUUCAGGCAUCUACACGUGAAGGAAAGAAAUCCAAUGCUGAAAAUUCAUUCCUAAGGCCUGUACGGAAGAGAUCCAACUUGAAAAUUCAAACACGAUCUCGAGUUACUAGAGUACUCAUAGAUGAAGAAAGUAAAACUGCUUACGGUGUUGAGUAUAUCAAAAAUGGAAAAGUUCAUUACGCUUUAGCUAACAAAGAAGUUAUUUUAUCUGCUGGUGGUCUACAUUCUCCACAAAUUCUCAUGCUAUCUGGGAUAGGACCCAAACAACAUUUAGAACAAUUUGGUAUUCCCAUUAUUCAGGAUUUACCAGUAGGGGCUCAGUUGUAUGAUCACGCCACUUUUCCUGGAAUGGUGUUUCGUCUGAAUGAAAGUAUCGGCAUAAAUAUACUGAGAAAAACAAUUACUCCUUCCACGUAUUUGCAAUAUUUUAAAGAAUCUACAGGAAUGUUAACAACGUUAGGUGGAAUUGAAGCAGUAACUUUCAUGAGAACCAAUAUUUCAUCUGAACCAGAUCCAUCGUAUCCCGAUAUGGAAUUUUUAUUUGCCUCUAUAUCGGCCAAUAGUGAUUAUGGCUUGGCUUUCCGAAAAAUCGUCAACAUAUCUCCUGCUAUAUAUGACAAAAUUUGGAAGCCCUUGGAAGGUGAACCAGUGUUUCAAGUAAGAUGAACUAUCAGCACUAUUUACAUCGG